CAGAUAAGAAGGCAUCAGAAGUACUUGUGGAAGAAUAGAACUUUUUUCUUCUUCGCAAAGUGUUGUUUGUGAGGACCUUGAAGCUUGUUCAUUCCAAGACUCUCGGUGGGUUUGGAAGUGAUCACAACAUCGCAGUGAGUGGUCGAAGGACAAGUUGCAGAAAAAAAGGACUAACAGCAUCAAGCCAUUCAAGGUACCUAUCCGAGGGAUUCAAUUGGAUUUCACCCUAUCUCCACUGAAGUCAUUGGACGAUCUGUGGACCAUGACGGUAAUUGGUCAACAACUACUACGAACUCCAUUUCUGGCCGGAUUUGGACGCGCAACAGCGACAGCAAUCCGCUGCAAAUCGUCGAGCAGCUACGUAGCAACAGGAGAAGAAAUUGUGUCUGGAAAGCCACCGGUUGUGAUUUUGCACGGAGCGCUGGGCAGCGGCACGAACUGGAAAUCACUUUCUCUUCGGAUAAGCUCUGCGCUGAACCGUCCUGUUUAUGCAUUGGAUGCUCCGAAUCACGGCGAGAGCGAAUGGACUGCUACUAUGAGCUACGAUUCGAUGGCGGAAAGUGUGCUGGAGUUUAUGCGUGAAAAAUCGCUGACUAAAAUCGACCUGAUUGGUCACAGCAUGGGUGGAAAGACUGUCAUGGUUGUUGCCCAGAAACACCCAGAAGUUGUUGAGAAACUCAUCGUAGUCGAUUCAGCACCGACGCAUUCGACCGGCGUAGGUGCGGUCGCUGGAUUUGUACGCACCAUGAAAGAGCUCGAUUUGUCGACAUUGUCACGACGGGCACAGGUCGCGCCGGCGUUAGAGGACGGUAUUCCGAACAAAGGCGUGCGCGAAUUCAUUGCCAUGAACGUCAGCAAGAACACCAGCACGAACAAGCUCUAUUGGAGAUGCAAUCUGGAUGCCAUUCAGAAGUUCCUCCCGGAAAUGGCAACGUUCCCGCACUUCGACGGCAACUCUUCCGUACCGACUUUAUUCAUAGGGGGAGAAGACUCUGAUUACAUCACGGAGGAAAUUCAUCCAGAGAUUCGUCGAUUGUUCGCCGAUGUUGAAAUCAAAAAGAUACCCGGCAGCCAUUGGGUGCACUACGACAAUCCUAGUGGAUUCCUGCAAGAGACUCUUUCUUUCCUGGCAUAGUACAGACAGUGUACAUACUGGCUGGUGCUGAUCCUAGCAGUAUGGUCAUGCUUCAGUACAAUGUACUGUAGUCAGUGGUGAUGGUGUAUGUACAUGUUCAGCACCAGCAGUUUCACAUGCACCCGCCGAUGUUCUACUAGUACUAGUCGUGCACAAACCUGAGUCUACUUGUAGAUCAAGUGCACGCGUGCGUACUAACUGCACAGGUUGACAUGUAGUUCAAGUCUGCUCGAGGUGUCCCGAUGGUGUAGCAUUGCCGUAUGUCCACCUUCAGCCGAACUACUUCGAACAUUCUUGCACGGCACAAUCUCUCUCUCUCUCUCUCUCUCUCUCUCUCUCUCUCUCUCUCUCUCUCUCGCGCGCGCGGUCUCUCUCUCUCUCUCUCUUCCUCUCUGUCGCUCUGUGUGUGUGUGUGUGUGUGUGUGUGUGUGUGUGUCUGUCUCUUUUCACUUCCUUAUAGCCAUGGGAUAAAUAUUUAUUUAUUUUGGUUUCCAUGCUGGUCAUGGAAACCACCAACAGAAAUAGGCAAUUUUUCUAGCGCAGCAGCUGCUACUUCGUACCUCAUUUUACUUUUAUGCUUCUGCAUGCAGUACUUCACACUGGCCUUAUGAGCACAUAGACGGUUCUGGCUGAAAGUGAGAUGCGAUCUGCACGGACCAGUUGUCUUCAACUUA